ACCCGGCUGGUGAAGAGAUUUUUCACCGCGCGCCCCCGGGUGAUGGGUUCAAAGCAGAACGCUUCACCUCACGACAACAGCGCCAUGCGUGCGUUCCUGUUGGCCCUUCUUCCGCUGGCAUGGUGCCAGGUGGCCAUCCCUGAAGACUUGGAGUGUCAGAAGGGCCCGCAUGCGGAAGUUUGGCUCGCCGCCAAGCAGCGCUUCCGGGCGCUGCUGGAGGAAACGCCCGGCGCGCUGCGCUCCCAGAAAGUGAGGUGAAGGCGAUGGUGGAUGACACAAUCGCCAAGGUCAAGGCGGUUGGGGGCUUCGACGGCACUGCUACCAACGAGUGUGGCUAUGGCAAGCUGGCUCUCCAGAUGCUCUCUGUGUGCUUGGUGAAUGACCCCAUGGGCGUGGCGCAGACGGUGCAAAGUGCUGGGGAGUCGUUCGCGUCGCCGGUGCUGACGUUGCUUUUGGACAUCCCUUGGGUGGCCACGGCAUUGAGUGGCUGGCCACUCUUCGGUCUCUUGGCGCAGGUCAGCUUGCGCAAGGCUGAUUUGCUGAAGGACGUGAUCAACCAAGAAGGCAUCGAUGGCCUGGCCAGCAAGUCCAGCCGCAGCUACUUCGAGGCCAUGCGCAGUGCCAUGAACUCCUCGGACCUGGGGUCCAUGGCGGAUGCGACCCUCAAGUACUUGGAGGAUCCCGAGCCUACAGGCGAGGGCGGCGUGCUGGGUGCGCUCACGGCUUUGGCCACCCAAGCGGCGGUGCAGAGCAGCGUGCAGGAGCGUCUGAACCUGAUCAACGGCUUGCAGGAGGCCAUGAAGAAGGCGGUCCGCACCUCCGCGGAUCUGGACCUAAUGCUGGCGACCCGGUGGCCUCUGUGGAGCUUGAUACACUUCACUGUCGAUGCCAUCAGCGUGGCCUGAGUCGCUGUUUCAAUCACUCUCCCAUCUCAAGGCAGCCAAUCG